AUGAGAACGCGUCAACUGUAGAGUUUUCGCGACCGAUUUUGAACGUAUUUCCAAAAUCGAAUUGUAACUUUUUUAUUCUCUAGCUUGCAUGCUAUAAAAACUUUUUGUGUUGUGUAAAGAGUUUCUAUAAUAUACACUGUGUUUGUGUGAAAACUGUUAGUACUAGAAUGUACGUUUUCGCGUGAUUUUUGAGUUUCCGUACGGAAGGUCUGAGCUGCCAUGCCGCAUACAGGGCAAGCGGGCGUUAACCAACUGGGGGGCGUGUUCGUGAACGGCCGCCCCCUUCCUGACAUGGUGAGGAAGAGGAUCGUAGAGCUGGCCAUCCUUGGAGUCAGGCCCUGUGACAUCAGCAGACAGCUCCUCGUCUCCCAUGGCUGCGUCUCUAAGAUCUUAACCAGGUUCUAUGAAACUGGAUCAAUAAGACCUGGAAGCAUAGGCGGAAGUAAGACAAAGCAAGUGGCAACACCAACUGUUGUGAAGAAGAUACUCCGUCUGAAGCAAGAGAACCCUGGCAUGUUUGCGUGGGAGAUCAGGGAGAGACUGCUCAGCGCCAGGGUGUGUGAGCCUCACUCCAUACCCUCGGUGUCUUCUGUCAACAGGAUCCUUAGGAACAGUGGCCUCGCUUGGAGUGAUGAAGAGUCUAGAAAUCCACAUGAUCCAUACCCUCAGCCGGAAUUGACGCCAAACAUGAUCGACUACAUGUCCAUGAAAAGUCUUCCGCCCAGUCUGCCGCAGCAGCCAUACUUCCCCCAUUCCGCUGUCAGGGUACCACCACCCCCACCAAGCCAUCUCUACGACAGGCGCUUGGCAACAACAUGGCUCCUAGCCAACCAACAAGCUCAAGGCCUACUAAAACCCUACCCCAUAUCACCAUGGCAACGGGUUAUGGUGCCUUACCCUGACACCAAGAACUUCAGCCCUUAUGCCUUGAAUCUUCAUAAUGACCGUCAGCCAGAUGAAGUUAAAUCAGAAACGUCAGAGCAAAUAUCAGUAGCCAGUGACGACAGCAACGAACAGCAUGAUGCAGAAGAAUCAAAGAUAACGGAGAAAGAAAAGAAAAAGAAUCCAUAUUCGAUCGAAGAGCUGCUUAAAAAACCGGAUAAGAUUGUCCAAAAUAAUCCAAUGAGCUUGCAGAACUUCUUGCGGCAGCCCAGUGGAAGCUUCAUCGAAUGUCCUGAUAAGGAUUUGAGUAAUAGGAGUUCGCCUGCCAGCUAUUGUUCCUUACAGAGUGUUGGUUCCAACGAUUGUUCUGUGGAUUCCAGUUCAGAGAAUAAGCAGUAAACACAGCAUUACUCACUCACAUUUGCCAAGUGUUUCAUGCGAGUGGACGCUCCCAAGCAUUUUCCAGAAACGUAAUUUAAUACUCAUGACAUAGCUACACUUGCAUUUUGUUGCAUAAUUUCACAUUCAAGAUUAUAUUAUUGGCAUAAUAUUUUAUGAUACCUUUUUUGUGGUAAAAGACAAAACGAACAUGACCUAUACCUGGUAGUAUAUGACAUGCCUUGCUCUUAAAUUCUAAUCGGCACCGCAAUUGCGCCUAUCACUUUGAUGCAUUUAAGAUGUUAAGUCUCAUUGGCCCAGUAAUUUCACUAGCUAUGGCGCCCCUGAAACCUAACACAAAUAGUGUUUUCAUACUUAGGUUAUUUGCCAGAAAAGGGUGCUGCUAUAGUACCUGCCAUAUCUAGCUGCCAUCCUGUGCUAAGAAACCUUUCCACCGCUAAUGAAGCUAAUCUAAGUUUCUGAAACUGGACUCUAAUGACAGACCAGGGGCAUGCUUAGGACCUAAACUUUCGGUAUUUUUAUUUGUGCAUUUUAGAUUGUUGUUCUGUUUUCCAAACAGAACCUUUAAAGGUUCUCAUUUUACUAGCCACACAAUAAUAGUCAUCAUUUGGAAAAUAAUCUCGUUCAGGACAAAGGGUAAUUCGCUGCAAUAAGUAACUAUAAAUUAUACAUAUCUAAUUCUGUUGCCCAAAUCUGAGUUCCAUGUUUUAUGCAACUUCCAAAGUAAAACUAUAAUAUGGUAUGUUGCCAGAUCGAUUAGAAAUAGGAAUCUACAAAAAAGCAUUAUCUCAUCUAAAUUCAACGCUUUGAUGUUUCAGGAGUGCCAAAGGCAUGUCAAAGUUAAAAAAUAUAAAAUCAGCAUUAUUAUAGCUUCGACAAUUUAUUAAUUUUUACUUACAUAAUCUAUGCAAGAUGAUGGAAAAGAUAUACUUAAUAGGUAUAUCAUACUAUAAGUACUUAAUAUAUAAAAAAAAAUAUGUCAAUAAAGCUUGCAAUAAUCUACAGUAUGAUUUUAAUUUCGUCCUAUGUAUUAACUGGCGUCGUGGCUUGAACAAUGUCUCUCCAUAAUUAAUUUGCGUCAUUAGACUCUGAAUCUUUGAAAUAUGCCCAAAAAUCUUUUAAAUCACUCUUUUGUAGUAUCAAUUGUAUGUUGGUUGUUUUUUUUUUGUUUAUCUCGUAAAGAUAGCAACACUUUUAAAAAAAUGUGAAAAAAGUAGUUUUAACUUUAGAAAAAAAAAACAUUUUUUUCUGAUAAAACUGUAGCACAGAGUUCUAGAUUACUUGUUACACACUUAUUUUCCCCGAUGUUAUAAAAAUCAUCCUGCAGGAUUCGCAUGCACUUGGCGACUGUGUAUCUGUAGUAUAAGCUAGUCAAAAUUUACCAAGCCAUAUUAUAAUUUUAAAACUUGCCAUCAUCAGUCGAAACAAAACAUUCCCGUAGUAUGUUAGUUUAAUUAAAUUAGUUAAUUUAUUACUUUUAAUUAUUAUGUUUAGCAAAUUUUAUUGUUACAUAGCUGUAUUUUUAAUAAACAUAAUUGUAAAUAUAUUGUAGAAAAUGGUAAUAAUAAUAAGAAGAGUUGAUUAGAAAGGCAGUUUUUUCUAAGAAAGAUGUGUUCCUUACCUCGGCGAGUUGGAAUACGGACGGAACCAUAUCGAUGUCAUAUAUUAAAUGUCUGCCUGGAGCUGACGUCACAAGAUGGCGGCCCGUCUCUCUCUCAACUUGCAGAGAUUAUACAAUAAUGCGUCAUAAUACUUUGUAAUAAAUAUUGUUUAUUCCUUCCUUCUUAUGUCCUUCAUAUAGGUUUCUGUGAUACUUUAUUAUAUUAAUAAAUUAUAUUUUGUAUAGUAAUACAUACCAUAUUUAUAACUUAACAUGUAACAAUACUUUUAAUUAUUACGAUAGUUCUGCCGUUUAAUGGCGUACAAUUAAUUCAAUUUAAUUCGCAAUAAAAUGCAAAAGCAAUUAGGUUUCAAACACAUCAAUUAAAUCUUGUAGAUUAAAUUAAUGUAGGUUAUUGUACGUAGGUACGUUAUUUGUAAAUAAUUUAAUUUAAAAUGUAGAUAAACGUAAAUUAGGUACAAUAGUAAGUUCGCAAUGAGGAGAUAAUUUCGGUCAAUGGCACCUUAUUUGCUGUCUCUAUCGUUUAUGAAUAUUUUGAUAUUUUGCGUCUCGCUCACGCAGGGGGGCGUUAUCACAUAAUAUUGUAAUAGACUAAACAUGAAGUGUCCUAAAAUCUUGCAAAUAUGUAUAUAAAUAUUGUCGUGCUCGUAUUUAAUUAUAGCAAAACGUAUAGUAUACAUUACGUAGAGUAAUAAAAAUAAAUAUAAAUAUAUCUAAUAUUAUAACGUUUUUAAGGUCAAUGGCCGAAAUAAUCUCUGCCCCGCGACUCACACGAGUAUUCUUUGGUACUUUAAUUGCAAAAAGAAUGGAUCUUAAGAUGAAGGCGUGCCACAGUUGAGAUUUGUAUAUAUACUUAAGUAAGCCCCUAGGCCGAGUACCUUAUCUAAACUACUAUCGAGUAAUAGGUAAGGUACUGAAUAUGUAUUCAUAUUUGAUGUUUCUUCGCGGCUUAGAGAGAAAAUUUCUGGGCUGUCGGUAUAUUCGUAAAUUUUGACGUAGCUAGAAACCAUCUUCCGUAACUGAAAAGACCGGGAAGUGCAAAUGGCCUCUAUUAAUGAACCGCCCACCAUCACGUGAGCCACAUGUACAAUAUUAGGCUUAUUAUUUUGUCCUUACAAUGUAUUAGUAAGUAUAUUCUAUAAUAUAAAUGAGUAAUGUAUUACAUUUACUUAGUGUACUGUAAUCGUCGAAGUUGUUUAAAAGCACAAUAAACCAAAAAGUUA